CUCUGCUGGGGAAACGUUUCUGUUUGCCGCUAUGCAGGUGAAGAAGCUUCUCAUCCUCUUCUGGCUACAGGUGUGCUGUUGGGGCACCAGUUCUGGUGGGAAAGUUCUUGUCUGGCCCACAGGUGGCAGCCAUUGGAUUAACAUAAAGAUGAUGCUCAAUGAGCUAGCCUUGAGGGGCCACUCAGUGAUGGUGUUGAUACCCUCAGCCCCUUACUUGAUCGAUCUGAAAAAGGCAUCGUCCUCCUCUUACCGCAUUGAGGUCCUGCCUGUGACCUUCACCAAAGAGGAGGUUUUGGCUGUUGUGGAGAAAUUCCUGGAUGUAGCGACGUAUGAGUUGCCCACGCUCCCCUUUUGGAAAGCGAUGCAGAAGAUGAGAGAAUUUAUUGCUUCCUUCCAUGAAAUGUCUAAACAGGUCUGCGACAGCAUUUUCCACAAUGAGACGCGGAUAGCGAUGCUGAGGAAGGAGGACUUUAACGUCCUCAUCUCAGACCCACUGACACCUUGCGGUGACCUGCUGGCCGAGUUGCUCGGAAUCCCCUUUCUGUACACUUUGCGGUUCUCAGAUGGCAACAGCAUGGAGAGACUCUGUGGACAACUCCCAGCUCCUCCUUCCUACGUCGGUGCCAGCACUGGAGGGAUGAGUGACAGGAUGAGCUUUGUUGAGAGGAUGAAAAAUGUCCUCUUCUAUGCUUUCAGUGAUGGAUUUUUCCUGUAUUCCUUGGCAAGUGAGUGGGAUCGAUAUUACAGCGAGAUUUUAGGUGGCAGCCACUGGAUUAACAUAAAGAUGAUGCUCAAUGAGCUAGCCUUGAGGGGCCACUCAGUGACGGUGUUGAUACCCUCAGCCUCUUACUUGAUGGAUCCGAAAGAGGCAUCGUCCUCCUCUUACCGCAUUGAGGUCCUGCCUGUGACCUUCACCAAAGAGGAGGUUUUGGCUGUUGUGGAGAAAUUCCUGGAUGUAGCGACGUAUGAGUUGCCCACGCUCCCCUUUUGGAAAGCGAUGCAGAAGAUGAGAGAAUUUAUUGCUUCCUUCCACGAAAUGUCUAAACAGGUCUGCGACAGCAUUUUCUACAAUGAGACGCGGAUAGCGAUGCUGAGGAAGGAGGACUUUAACGUCCUCAUCUCAGACCCAGUGACACCUUGCGGUGACCUGCUGGCCGAGUUGCUCGGAAUCCCCUUUCUGUACACUUUGCGGUUCUCAGAUGGCAACAGCAUGGAGAGACUCUGUGGACAACUCCCAGCUCCUCCUUCCUACGUCGGUGCCAGCACUGGAGGGAUGAGUGACAGGAUGAGCUUUGUUGAGAGGAUGAAAAAUGUCCUCCUCUAUGCUUUCAGUGAUGGAUUUUUCCUGUAUUCCUUGGCAAGUGAGUGGGAUCGAUAUUACAGCGAGAUUUUAGGGAGACCCACAACAUUAUGUGAAGUGAUGGGGAAAGCGGAGAUCUGGUUGAUUCGCACCUACUGGGACUUUGAAUUCCCGCGGCCUUUCCUACCCAAUUUUGAGUUUGUGGGGGGUCUGCACUGCCAGCCAGCCAAGCCUUUGCCAGAGGAAAUGGAAGAAUUUGUCCAGAGUUCAGGAGAACAUGGCAUUGUGGUCUUCUCCCUGGGCUCUAUGAUUAAAAACUUAACAGAGGAAAAGGGGAACAUGAUCGCAUUGGCCCUCAGCCAGCUUCCACAGAAGGUUCUCUGGCGCUACAAAGGAAAAAGGCCAGACACAUUAGGAGCCAACACCAGACUUUAUGACUGGAUCCCACAAAACGACCUUCUUGGACACCCCAAGACGAAAGCCUUUAUAACACAUGGUGGAACCAAUGGCAUUUAUGAAGCUAUUUACCAUGGUGUUCCCAUGGUUGGGAUCCCCAUGUUUGCUGACCAACCCGAUAACGUUGUGCACAUGAAGGCAAAGGGGAUGGCUGUACAGCUGCACAUUCAUACAAUGAAGACGGAAGACUUAGUGGAUGCCGUGAACACUGUCAUUCACAAUGCCACAUAUAAGGAAAAUGCAAUGAGACUGUCACAGAUCCACCAUGACCAACCGAUAAAGCCACUGGACCGGGCUGUCUUUUGGAUUGAGUUUGUCAUGCGCCACAAAGGUGCCAAGCACUUGCGAGCAGCUGCCCAUCACUUGACCUGGUACCAGUAUCACUCCCUGGACGUCAUUGCCUUCUUGAUUGGUUGCAUGGCAGUUUUCAUAUUCAUUGCUGUUAAAUGCUGCUCAUUUUUUUGUCGGAAAUGUGGCAGGAUUAUUAGGAAAACCAAAACAGAGUAGCUUCUCCUGGGACCCGGCCAUUGUUCUGUGGCUUGCAUUAUUCAGCAUGCUCAUGACUCGGUGUGCUAAUACCCCCCCUUAUGAAAACUGCACCUAAAACUUCUAAUUUUUUUGCCACACUUUUCAACUCAAACGGAUGUACAAGCAAGCCAAGCUUAACUCUGCUCCAUUCAGCACAUGAGUAUUGUAUGUAUCAAUGGUGGUUCACACUUCGAGAUCGUUUUUGUAUUGAACUGAGCUUAUUUUGUAAACUCCACAACUGGCAACGUAGCACAUAAUCUUUUUAUUUGGAGACAGUGACACUCUCUAUGAAUCCCUCAAAAUAUACAUCUAAGUGUUGCUAAAGUGGGAAAUUGCAUAAACAACGUGGUCCUUUUCAAGAUCGAGAACCGUUUAUUUCUGAAACACAGCGGUCAAGGUUUCCUGUGGACAUCUGUCACCUGCUGCUGGAGUACAGCACGUGCACAAUCGAUACGAUCUAACAGACACUAGCCAUGCCUGAAUCUGCUUGGAAUCAAUGGACUAAAAAUGCAAAAUUUAAUGUUUAAGUCCCACAUGCUAGAUAGUCCGCAUCGAAGCCAUUCCAAUAAUGACACAGUGAUCUAGGAAAAAAUGUGUCUAAUUGCACAUCUGCUGAAAUUAUUAAUAUUGUAAUUCUUAAGAAUAAUUAUGGUUUUUCCCCACUGUGAUAGAGCUGCACGCAUACUUCAAUUCAGGACUGGAAUAAAUGAUAUUGGUGUAGAA